CCAUAGCAAUCAAAUCAUAAAAAUGCGCAGAGAAUUAAGAGCAUGUGAGGUGUUAAUCGCGUUUUGCUUUUUCAUUGAAAUUGAAGCUUAUCUCUAUCAAGGGGAAACUCUUCGGCUUGUAGGGGGAUCCAACAGAUAUGAAGGUCGACUGGAAAUAUUAACACAGAGAGGAUGGGGAGAAAGGGGAAGAUGGGGAACAAUCUGUGAUAAUCAUUUAAACGAUAAACUCGCUGUUGUGGCGUGUCGAUCAUUGGGGUUACCUUCGAAUACACCUGAGGCCUAUGGCGGGGCGCUGUACGGUCAAGGAUCUGGUCCUGUCGUUUGGCAAGGUUUUAAGUGUAACGGAAGUGAGUCGCGAAUUACGUCUUGUAUGCUGAUUGGAUUAGAAUCAAUCAAUGGUAGUAAACAGUGUACCCAUGAUCACGAUGUAUCCAUCAACUGCUUGCCAACAAGAGUUACCGCUGUCCGACUUUAUGGAGGAGAAAACGAAUUGGAAGGUCGAUUAGAAGUGUACAAACAAGGAAGAUGGGGAACUGUAUGUGAUGCUGAUUUGAAUGAUAACUUGGCUGUGGUCGUGUGUCGAUCUCUAGGCCUAUCUUGGAAUACAUCUAAGGCUUACGGAGGUGCUAUAUUUGGAGUAGGGUCAGGUCCUAUCUGGAUGGAUACUGUUAACUGUAGUGGAUCCGAGGCAAACUUAACGGAAUGUAGACACAGAGGUUGGGGAGUCAGUGAUUGUGAUCAUGGAAAGGACGUAUCAAUCAACUGUUUGCCACCCAACGAAGGUCUUGUUCGACUUGUUGGAGGACCGACUCAAUAUGAAGGUCGAUUAGAGGUGUCCAAAUUUGGAAGAUGGGGGACGGUCUGUGACGAUUAUUUGAAUAACAAUCUUUCUGUCGUGGUGUGUCGAUCUCUAGGUUUACCUUGGAAAACAUCUGUGGCUUAUGGAAAUGCUGCAUACGGAGAAGGGUCAGGUCCCAUCUGGUUGAAUAAUGUGAUCUGUUCUGGAUCUGAGACAAGUAUUAAGGAGUGCAAACACACGGGUUGGAGAUCACACUACUGUGACCAUAGCGAGGACGUAUCUAUUAACUGCUUGCCACCUGACGAAGGUCUUGUUCGACUUGUUGGAGGACCGACUCAAUAUGAAGGUCGAUUAGAGGUGUCCAAAUUUGGAAGAUGGGGGACGGUCUGUGACGAUUAUUUGAAUAACAAUCUUUCUGUCGUGGUGUGUCGAUCUCUAGGUUUACCUUGGAAAACAUCUGAGGCUUAUAGAAAUGCUGCAUACGGAGAAGGGUCAGGUCCCAUCUGGUUGUAUAAUGUAAACUGUUCUGGAUCUGAGACAAGUAUUACGGAGUGCAAACACAAGGGUCGGGGAUCACACUACUGUUGGCAUAGCGAGGACGUAUCUAUUAACUGCUUGCCAUCUGACGAUAACGCAGUCCAACUAAUUGGAGGAGUGACUGACAAUGAAGGUCGUUUACAGGUGUACAAAUUUGGAAGAUGGAGAUCAGUGUGUUUUAAUGAGUUGGAUGAUAAACUAUCUGCCGUGGUGUGUCGAUCUCUUCACCUACCUUGGAAUACAUCAAUGGUUUUUGCGAAUGAACCAUUCAUUGAUGGAGCGUAUAAAUUGCGUAUACUAUGCAAUGGGUCUGAGGGAAGCGUUGACGAAUGCAAGAAACAACGAUACAUUUGUCAAUCAGAAGUCUUUAUCUUCUGUUUGCCACCUAAAGAAUACGAUUUCCGACUUGUUGGAGAGGCGUCAGAUUAUGAAGGUCGGUUGUUGGUUUACAAAUUGGAAAGAUGGGGAACAGUGUGUUUUGAUGAUCGGAUUAUUCCAUUCUAUGAUACCGUGUGUCAAUCAUUAGGUCUGCUUUGGAAUUCAUCUAAGGCUGUGGACAGGAAACGUUUUUACACGGAGGAAAUUCUGAAUUGUGAUGUAUCUGAAAGAAGCAUUAAGGAAUGCACAUGGGAACAUUACUCUAAAUGUUCCUCAGGAAAGGAUGUUUUUAUCAGCUGUCUGCAAUCAAAAGAUGAUCUAGUUGCUUCGGUACAUAAACCUUCCAACUCACCGCGCCAACAAUUUAGUAUCAAUACUUGGCUGAUAUCAACACUCGGUGCAAUGGUGCUCUUGCUCCUCUACAAAAACUGACGUAUCUCGAGACUUGGAGCAACGUGAGGUUUUGCAACAACAAAUGCGCUUGUUAAUAACGAUAAAAUUUGCGUAUUAUAUUUUGAAAUUUGUAAUUUUUUAAACAUUUUAUCUGUGUCCAUGUUUUGUCACAGGUUAAUUUUUAUCUUAGAUUUUUUUUCAACAUUGUGAUGUUAUUUUGGUCACUAGGAAAUUAUAUAGUCCUGAGGAAUACAAUAAAAUCCAAGGACUUUACAUAGAUACACAUUGCUACUUCAAUAAAAUAUGGUCUGCAAAUAGAUAGACAAAACUUACCACUUCGAUAAUUAUUAAAUUCAAAUAUCAUCAUAGAUUUUUAUUGACUGUAUUUAAACAUCUUAUAUCGGCGCGGUGUUGCAUCUUACAUGCAUAUAUUCUGUUUAUAGUUACAUUUACGAAACUAACAUUGUAUCCAUAAAAAAAUGUCCAAAACCACAGACAAGUAAUGUAGUAUUUAUAUUUAUUUUUGGCUGCAAAUUUUUAGAUCAUCCCAUUAGGUUCAUUGGUUUUUGUUUUUGUCCGUUUUUUCAUAUUAAGCAUUGUAUGCGAACAAUGAUGUUAGGACAGGCUGUUAUCUUUAGCAGCGCGGUAUUUAAAAUUUUUCUUAGAUUUAGGAAAGACUGGAAGAAACUGUUUACAAAAACAGUAUAUCAUUCAAUUGUACUAAUCUCGAUUUAUGUGAUAGCUUAAAAUUGUUAAUAAGAAAAAAGAUCAUUAUUUACAACGAAAGUAAAGCGCGAAUGAACAUGUUGUCCAUAACGUGAAAAUUAGAACAGCGCUCUCUGAUAUACGAUUUAUUUAUUUUUUUCAAUUUUAUAUCUUUUUCAUGACAUAUAAGAGGCUUUUGUUCGGAUUUUGAUAAUUAUAAGGAGUGGUUUUUCAACGGUUCGAGACAACAGGAAGAAGUGUUACUACUGAAUGGUAAUCUGAGUAUACUGCUUAGUGCAGUAACAUUGUACGACUUUAUAGUAGUGUAGUGUCAUCGCCAGGUGUACUGAAUUUGAUUUAUAACAACAGUGUGUGAUUAGCUAUGCAACAAAACGCUUUACAUUUACGUAAAAUAUGCGUUAUAAAGAAAUCCCAUCAAAUUAAUUGGAAUAGAAUGAGUAUAUUUGUUUGUUAAGCCUAAGUACAGGACUAUGUGAGAGCCCCUCUAUCUGUUCUUAUCUUUAUUGUGUACAUAAGGAUCAUAAUUAUCCAUUUGAUAUAUGAAAUCUUUUUGCUUUUUUGUUUUAAUUUUUUUUAUUUUGUAUUGUUAAUGUCAUGAUUUUAUGAUUUUUGCAUGCUUUAUCAAGUUCUUGAUUUUUUAACAUAAAGUUUUUUUAUGUGAUGUAUUAGAAUAUCUAUCAGGGUUGUUAGAAAAGUUUGCGGACAAGUCUAACUGUAAGCAGAAUAUUUGCAUGAUACCAGCGAAUCUUUUAAGAAUUAAACUAGACGUAUUUUUUUUAAAAAGUAAAGAUUUAGUUGUUAAAUGCACCAUAAAAAUAUACAGCUUAAUCAUGAUUAUAAGAUAUGUUCCACGAAGCAUGUAAGUGUUUGACUUUUUAAAAUUUCGUACGCAUUUUUCCUUAUUAAAAAGGUACCGUUUAAGCCUUAAAAAAUGCACGAUAUUUCACAUGACGUAAAAAUAUAUCGUGAAGGGCGGUUUGUGAAAUUUUCAAAUGAAGACCUUUUUUACUGUUUUAUUUUUUGCCGAAUAUGAACAACCAGCGUUUGAAAAUUGAGUCAAAAUCAUUAAUAUCGAUUGUCAUCUUGGAGCACCGAGCAAUCAUAAAAUUUUGUGUGCAAGCAGGAAAAUCUCUGAUGGAUACCAAAAGGUUUUUAGAUGCUACCGGAGAUGAACCACAUGUGUUUAUUUUUGUAAACCAAAGGUUCACAAUUGGAAUCAGAGGUUUUAAGGUGAAAGAAGUGAUUUCUUGAGAACCCAAACUCGAAUUUUGCACCUAUGGAUUUCGUUUUAUUUCUAAAGUCAAAACUGCUGAAACAGAGAUUUGUGGGCCUAAAUGAACUACGAUAUGCAACAAGACAUUAUACAAAAACUUAAAAAUGCAUUUUAUAAAUGGGUUAAAUGACAUGAAUUGCGUGUGGAACUAGAAGGUAUUUACUUUGAAAAAGAGUGCGGGUUUGCCUUUCAGUUGUUUGACGUCACCUGACGUCGUGGAAUAUAUAAAAUGGUGCUCCGUAAACCUAAUUCAUGCAAAGUAAAAAUCGCUGUUUAUUCUUGAAAGUUCUUAAAAUCGUGUGAUAUUUUUGCAUACUUCAUUUUAAUCGAUAGUCACGCGGGUAUGAUAAGGCAACUCUCAGCGAUCAAAUUCAUCUUAUAGAUAUGACGUCACAAUAAGCAGCAUGAUGUCAUAUUUUACUCAGAAACAUGUCGAUUUUAACUUUAUCUCUGGUUUAAAAUAUAAAAACUACAGUCAUAAAAUAUCACUAGAAACUCUUCUAACUGAAUAUAUCUUCGAUUUCUCUCUAUUACGUAUAAUUAUCAUUGAUGACGUCACAAGCAUGUCUAACAGAGAAGAUCAUGUCGGGAGACAAAUCAUCGGAAUGCAGUGUAAACAAUGCCGAAAUAAGACUUAUUUAAUACAGAUACCUAAGAUUUAGAUGAGUGUCAGUAAGGAUAUAAUCAGAAUAAUACAGGCAUGGAUAUUUUGUUUAAUUAGCGAGUGUUAUAAAGUAAGCAGAUCGACAUUUAUAUGGCUUGACCAGCCUUUUCUCUGUCAGUGUGUACAAAAAAAGGCAAAAGUGUAACACUACCCCGGAUAUUGUGAAAGAUGACUUUGGGAAAUAUCAACGGUAUAUGACCUAAACUCCUUGAAAAGUGCUGCUAGAAUCCUGUGCUUCGUUGUUUUAAAUGAAAAAUACGUAGUAUUUACAAUGAAAUUAUAGAAGUUGAGAGUGUUUCCGAUAAAUAUUUACAAUAUUUAUUUUAUGCGAUUAACAAUAGGAUUCUAGCAGUAAUACUAAUAAAGAUGAACUAAUUGCCGAUCGAAUUAUUGUAGCAAACAUACAAAUGAACUUCGGGGUAGUGUUACACUUUUUGAUUUUUUGUUAAGGUAAAAAAGUGAUCUAUUUUUAACUGUCACGUGAUACCAUGGCAAGGCAGCUUCAAAGAUCAAGUAGAUUCCGAAGUAGGAAAAUAAUAUCUUGGUGAACACAUUCCCUUGCUAUUAAUAUUCCGCACUGUUUUCUUUAAAAAAACCCAGUUUUUAAAUUGAUCAUAAUUUUGACAGUCAUUAAACUCGGAGUUGCCUUAACCUACCUGCGCAUUUAAUAAAAAAUAUUUAAUCAGUCAAACAACACAACACAACACAACAUGUCAGCGACCUUUUCUAACAACCGUCAUAUAUGUAUUUGAAUUAAUAUUCUACAUUUUAUCAACUUUUUUAUUUAUAAACAAUUGUAAAAUAGUUUGCAUAAGUUCAUUGAUGUUAUAUUGAUAUUGCAUAUUUUGUUCUAUAUCUUUCCCGAAAUUUUUGAUUAAUGAAAUUUGUUUGCAUCAUGCAGGUCAUUUAUACAAGUAUUUAGAAAUUAUCUGAAAAUAUACAUGUUACGAUUUUAAAUUUUUACUGCAUGACAAUAUGGACCUUUAUUUAUCUGAAACAGGUUAUUGAACAAUCUAUGGCACUAUACUUCCUUCUGUUAAAUCUGAAUAGAGAUUUAAAUGAUUUUACAUGUUUUAGGAAACAGCGGAAAUAACCUUUUUGUGUCACGUCAUAAACGCAUGCGAAAGGAACAAUGGUGUUAAAGUAAACCAACUAUUAUUCGCAACGACUUUAAUCUGCCAUUUACCGAAGAUAAAAAUAUUCAUGGCUAUUUUUUCGAACACGAUUUCCUGUAUAUGAAACCCAUAAGACAAAGACUAGUUCACCGCAAGAUACACUCGCGACGAGGAGGCUGUAGCGAAUCUCGCGAAUAUUUCACGCUCGCGAAUAAAAGUUGGUUUACAGUAUAUUUCAUUGAAAUGAUACUUUAUUGAAAUAACAUGUAUAUAUCAUUGAAAUAUCUUUAUGAUAAAUUAUGAUGAUUUUUGUCUAAAUUUAUGAAUAAAUAAA